AUGUCUAGCGAAAGUGUGCAAUCUAGAGAGGCCCCUGGCAGCUUCAGAAGAGGUGUGUCACGGUGUCUGGCUUUCCUGGAAGUUCCUGUUCAUGAAAGACAAACUUUGAGUGUGCUGAAAAACCCGGAUUUGCAGCCUAUUCCAAAGGAAGAACAGACAUGGGGCUGGAUUUCCAAUUUGGCAUACUGGGGUAUCAUUUCGUUCAGUGUAGGGACCUGGAUUAGUGCAAAUGCUGCUCUAAGUGUGAACUUGUCGUAUCCAGAGACCAUCGGAACGUUUAUCGUUGGCGAUGUGGUUACAAUCAUUUUCACUUUAGCAAACUCCUACCACGGUGCAGACUGGAAAGUGGGUUACACAAUUUCGUCAAGGUUUGUUUUUGGAAUUUACGGCUCCGGUUUAGGCAUCCUGGUGCGGUUUUUAAUGAGUAUCGUGAAUUAUGGGUCGAACGCCUGGCUAGGUGGUUUGUGUGUAAACAUGAUUUUGGACUCGUGGUCCCAUCAUUAUCUCAUGCUUCCUAACACUUUGACGAAACACGUUGCAAUGCAGACCAAAGAAGUCAUCGGAUUCAUGUUGUUCCAUGUCAUUGCAUCUUUUUUCUAUCUCAUGAAACCCUACAAGAUGAACUACUUUUUGAUUGCAUCCUGCUGUGCUACUUGUGUCGCUAUGACGUGCAUGAUCAUCUAUCUGUGCAAAAUGAACGGAGGUGUGGGCGACUACUUCAAAAGCACCAAGACCACUAUCCACGGCUCCGAAAGGGCAUGGGCGUGGGUCUACAUGGUUUCUUACUGGUUUGGCUCAGUUUCGCCAGGGUCCACCAAUCAGAGCGAUUAUUCCAGAUUUUCGACGUCUAAGAAGGCCGUUUACAUCGGUACCACUUUGGCCCUAUUAAUUCCAACAACUUUGAUCCCCGUUUACGGUGUCAUCGGUGCUUCGACGUCAAAUGAUCUAUACGGCGAACCUUUUUGGAUGCCUAUGGAUAUUUGCAAUUAUUGGCUAACCAACGGCUACUCUGCAGGUGCCAGAGCGGCCACAUUUUUCUGUGGAUUAGCUUUCCUAUGCUCCCAAAUUUCUUACACGAUCUCUAACUGCGGUUUCGCAGCCGGUAUGGACUUGAGUGGUGUAAUGCCCAAAUACAUCAAUAUCUUCAGGGGUGCUAUUUUCUGUGCUGUUCUCAGCAUAGCAGUGCAGCCUUGGAAUUUCUACAAUUCCUCCUCUACUUUCUUGACAGUGGCUUACUCCUUUGGUGUUAUCAUGACUCCAAUCAUUUCCGUCAUGAUUUGCGAUAACUUUUUGAUUAGGAAGCGGAAAUACUCUGUCUCACAAGCGUUUAUUCUCCACGGUGAAUACUAUUACACCUGGGGUAUCAAUUGGCGCGCGAUGUUUGCCUUUGUGUGUGGCAUGACACCAGGUCUCCCAGGUUUAGCUUCGGAGGCCAAUCCCAACAUCAAGGUUAGCCAAGGUAUUUUAAAUUUCUACCUUGCAGACUCCUUCACAUCCUUUGCGAUCUCAUUCUUCACCUAUUGGAUUGUAUGUCUCAUCUUCCCAGUCAAGAUCAAGAUCGAGCAAGACGACAAAGACUACUACAAUUCAUUCACGGACGAAGAGGCCAGAAGAAGAGGUUUGGUUCCAUUCUCGGAACUGCUACCCGAGGAGGUCAACGAAUUUGAUUACCAGAAGAAUGAAGCACCUCUCGGGCGUUUAGAAAACUCGAGUUCUCUGACAACGGCUGACGUUGAAUCGGAUCAUGAGGUGCUGGAUAAACAGAAGUGA